AUGACAACUCCUGGAUUUAACCCAUCAACUUUCUUUUCACCUGAAAUCGUCGAGCUGAUCUUGCAACAUUUAACUGGAACUGAACUUUUGACAACUUCACAAGUUUCUUCUUCAUUCUAUGACUCCAUUGCCAAUUCAAAACCUUCAAUGCAGAAAAUAAAGUUGAAAUUAUCGAGAAGUCAAAUCUCAGAUGACGAGAAAAAUAUUUUGAUAAAAAGUAAAAGAAAAUAUGAAAAUAUUGAAAUUGAAAAAUUUUCUCAUCUCAUUGACGUCACACGUGAAAUUCUCAAAGUUCCAAGACGGCAAUGGAAAUUUGUUUCUUUUCGAGGCAUCGAUUUUGAGUCAAUUUCUGAUGUGAAUGAUGUCUUCAGUGAAUUCAAAUCAACAAUUGAGGAAUUGCGAAUGGAUCAAUUUUACAUUAGAAAUGUUCCGAAAGGCUUCAAAUAUUCUUCUUUGUUACUCUUUCCAAAGCUUCAUACAAUGGAAGCAAGAUGUUGUCAAGCUUUCUUAUUCCAUGAAACAUUCAUUAAUUGCCAAAGCUUAGAAUGCUUCAUAAUAAAAUCAGGAAGUGCGAUAUCAACAUCAGCUGUUGAAGCUAUUAAAAACCUUUUGGAAACUAACACAAAUCUUAAAAUUCUUGGGAUUCAUUUCAAUGUCUUUAACUUGCUUUUCCAUGAAGGAGUUUUAAAUCAUGUCAAAUUUAAGUUGACAGAAUUUCAUGCUAAAGAUCUUUAUCGAACUCCAAUUUUCUAUGAUCAACAGAAGAAAAAUUUAAAAAGGUUUUUGAAGGGACAAAUAAUGACACUCGAAAGUGUCUCAAUUGGUGACUGGAUGGGAAUUGAUGUUGUCAAAUUAAUUUUCCUUUUCCCACGAUUAAAGAACUUAACACUUGAAGGGUUCCAUCAUUCGGAUCUGUUUAUUUCUUGGGACAAUGUGACAUUACAUCGAAAUCAUAACAUAACUCAUCUCUUUCUGAAUGACAAGUCAAACAACUUUGAUAUCCUUAAGAAAAUCUUAAUUGCCACACCAAACGUUAAAUCACUUGAACUUUACGCUAUUGACAAGAAAACUUUGAAAUUCAUUGGGAAGUCGUGUAAAAAAUUGACAUCACUUCAUGCAGAAAUCUAUCAAACGAUUUGCUUUCCAUCUGAAAAAUCUUUUCGAAAAUUAAAACACUUUUCAGUCAAAAAUAUUCGAUUGGAUAUCUCAAACAAUAAAUUUUGA